CAAGAACCCUGAUAAGCAUUCGGGGAGCUUUUCCUGCCAACCAAUUGCCGCGAUAUGCUCGUCAGUUACGUUACCACAGCUCCUCGAAAUUCCCGUCAUCGAGUUCCGCUCCGAGAACUGGGGGCGACCAACACGCACCCUCAGCACACCAAAAUAGCCCCGGCCAGCGCAGAAAGCAGCGCAGCGGUUCUGUGCAUGUACAGGACAUACGGAACACAAUACACGCAUGUGCCAGCGACCCGCCCUGCUGUGCAAUGGCCGUGGGCAAACGAAUACCCAGCUACUCCGUCCUCCGUGCUACUUUGUCGGAAACUUGCUUGAGCUAGUUGCCGGAACGAUGCGCCCCUUGCGCCCCUUGCGCCGUCGUUGGGCUCUCGCCCAAACCGCCACGCGAGCGAGCCACGUGUCGCGCGAGACUCUGCUCGAUACCCUGAUGGGCUAUGUCGCGACAUUUUUUCACGCCCGCCAGCAGACGCAGGCAAGGAGCGCCAGCAUGUGGCCGCGCGCGUUACGAGCCGCCGGGUUGCGGCGGCGACCCCUCCGGGUCCCGGCGCAAGGAGCGGCGUUGCUGACCCUGCAGGACGCAGCCCAGCACCGUGGCAACCAGAGACAGCAAUUCAGGGACCAGGCCACCCGGCGGAGUUUCCACAACUACUUUGUGACCCAUCUCCCCUCCUCUUCGCUGCAUCCCGACUCGCGGUCGUCGGCUGGACCAGGCCACAAGCUGCCCCGGGCCGCAUCGACCCCCCACACUCCGUCACCGGGAUCCGCUCCGGCCGCGGCUCCGCCGAACAUGCCCAGCCGCGACUUGACAGUAGUCCGCAUCCCCCUCCGGAGCGCCAAACAUCACUUCGGCGUCUGCAACUCCCGCGGGCAGCGCGCCCGCAACGAGGACACACACCAGGCCGGCACCAUCAGCAUCCCCGCCUUUGCGAGGCGGGUCCCCGUCAGCUUGGUGCGCCACCAGGCCGCAAAGACCGCCGGAGAAGGCACCAGUGCCGACAGCGCACUCGGCGACCCGCAGGUCUUUUACUUUGGUGUCUUUGACGGGCACGGCGGCAGCGAGUGCAGCGAGUUCCUUCGGGACGAGCUCCACGGCUAUAUCGAGGACGCCGCGGCCCGGCUGGGGCUGAAGAGCAGCCUCGAGAGGGACCCGGGGGCUCCCGAUUCCUUGAAAGACCCCGAGCGUCAGCAGCAGCAGCAGCAGCAACAGCAGCAGCGGCCUCAACAGCAACCGGCAGUCGAGCCUUCCACGGCCGCGCGGUUGGAGUCGGAGCUUCUCGACGAGUACAAGCGCACAAUAGGCGGGUACUUCCGCCGCUUCCGGCCCAACUACUUCACGACCGCCGCCUCCACCACGCGCAACUCUGCCUCUUCGUCUUCGUCUUCUUCUUCUUCUUCUCCUUCUCCGUCAUCAUCCAAUGAACGCACCUCUCCAGGCCAACAGCCGGCCGGACCGCAACCCGGCGGCGUAAGUCUCGAGUCGGUUCUCACGUACGCCUUCCUCCGGGCCGACCUCGACUUCGUCACCGCCCAGGCCCGCAAGCCGGACCCGGACGACCCGUACGCCUCGGACGUGCCGCUCAACAAGGACGAGGUCCUCGGGUCGCCGCACCUGCCGCCGUCGGGCCACGGCAUCGGGGGGCCGGUCCGGUUCAAGGGCGGCUCGACCGCCUCGGUCGCGCUCAUCUCGACGCCGACGCCGUCGCCGUUCUGGCACCCGGCCGCGCACUCGACCCUGGUGGUCGCGCACGUCGGCGACACGCGCGUCCUGCUCUGCGAGACGGCCACGGGCCUGCCGCGCCCGCUCACGUCGGACCACUACCCGUCCUCGCCGGCCGAGUCGCGCCGCCUGCGCCGCUACGCCGCCGACUCGGUCGUCACCGACUCCUUCGGCGAGGAGCGCAUCCAGGGCCUGGCCAACAGCCGCUCCUUCGGCGACAUGCAGGGCAAGCGCGUCGGCAUCUCGGCCGAGCCCGACCUCGCCCGCGUCGACCUCGGCCCGGCCCAGUACGCCUUCCUCGUCCUCGUCAGCGACGGCGUCAGCGGCACCCUCGCCGACCAGGAGAUCGUCGACCUCGUCAAGGAGGCCGCCACCCCGGAGGAGGGCGCCCGCGCGGUGGUCGAGUACGCCACCGAGGUCUCGGCCGACGGCGACAACGCCACCUGCCUCGUCGUCCGCCUGGGCGGCUGGGAGCGCAGGAGCGAGGGCGGCGUCGGCAGCCUGGGCACCCGCGAGAUGAGGGAGAUGAGGAGGGCCGAGGCGAGCGAUCCGAGGCGCAGGGGACGGCUGUAGAGUAAGUAGAGGGAGAUUGAGAGAGAGAGAGUGAGAGAGAGGGUUUUUUUUU